GUCUUGAAUUCUUACUUGUCUCACUCAAGAGUCCAACUCUACCCACCCUGACAAGUGACAAUAUCUAUUUUUGUCUCAAAUCCCCUACAAAACCCUCUGAACAGCUUCUCCGCCGUCACUUACAGUCAAUCUCCGCCACUAUGCAAGCCCAUUUGCUCUCCCCCACCAUAUACCCCGCCACCACCACCACCAGCCCCCUUUUCCCCAAAUGUAGGACCCACUUAAGAAAACCACCCACUCUCACCAUCCGAGCUUCCUCAACGGAAACAUCGACUCCACCACCACAGACCUCUACCUCAACAGACCCAUCUCAGCAACUCAACAAAUACAGCAGCCGCAUUACUCAACCCAAGUCACAGGGUGGUUCACAGGCGAUUCUCUAUGGAGUAGGAUUAACUGAUGAGGAUAUGAACAAACCCCAAAUUGGGAUAUCCUCUGUUUGGUAUGAAGGCAACACUUGUAAUAUGCAUUUGUUAAAGCUUGCUGAAGCUGUUAAAGAAGGGGUUACAGAAGCUGGCAUGGUGGGGUUCAGGUUUAAUACCAUUGGUGUUAGUGAUGCUAUUUCCAUGGGGACUAGAGGCAUGUGUUUUAGUUUGCAGUCAAGAGAUUUGAUUGCUGAUAGUAUUGAAACUGUCAUGUCUGCUCAGUGGUAUGAUGGGAAUAUUGCCAUUCCUGGUUGUGAUAAAAAUAUGCCAGGUACAAUUAUGGCGAUGGGAAGACUAAACAGGCCAAGUAUCAUGAUAUAUGGUGGAACCAUUAAGCCUGGUCAUUUCCAAGGGCACACAUUCGAUAUAGUGUCCGCUUUCCAGGUGUAUGGAGAGUAUGUUAGUGGUGCUGUUAGUGAUGAACAGAGGAUGAAUGUAGUUCGUAAUUCAUGUCCUGGUGCGGGGGCUUGUGGUGGAAUGUAUACAGCAAAUACCAUGGCAUCUGCUAUUGAGGCAAUGGGCAUGUCACUGCCUUAUAGCUCUUCCACACCCGCUGAAGACUCACUAAAGUUGGAUGAGUGUCGCCUAGCGGGAAAAUAUCUUAUGGAAUUAUUAAAGAUGGACUUGAAACCUCGAGAUAUCAUCACAAAAAAGUCCCUUCGAAAUGCAAUGGUAGUUGUCAUGGCACUUGGUGGAUCUACCAAUGCCGUACUACAUUUAAUUGCUAUUGCAAGGUCUGUUGGUUUGGAAUUAACUCUAGAUGACUUCCAAAAGGUUAGCGAUGAGGUUCCUUUCCUUGCAGAUCUGAAGCCUAGUGGAAAAUAUGUUAUGGAGGAUGUGCACAAGAUUGGAGGUACACCCGCAGUCAUUCGCCACCUGUUGGAGCUUGGGUAUAUGGAUGGGGACUGUAUGACUGUCACAGGAAAGACUCUGGCUGAAAAUGCAAAGCUAUUUCCUUCUUUAGCUGAAGGUCAGCAAAUUAUAAGACCACUAUCAAACCCCAUCAAAGAAACAGGCCACAUCCAGAUAUUGUAUGGGAAUCUUGCACCAGAGGGGAGCGUGGCAAAGAUCACUGGAAAAGAAGGGCUAUACUUUUCUGGCCCCGCCUUAGUGUUUGAAGGAGAGGAGGCUAUGCUUGCAGCUAUCUCAGAAGAUCCUUUAAGUUUUAAGGGAAAAGUUGUAGUCAUUAGAGGAGAGGGACCUAAGGGAGGACCAGGUAUGGCUGAAAUGCUGACACCCACAAGUGCAAUUAUGGGUGCAGGUCUUGGGAAGGAUGUUGCUUUACUUACUGAUGGAAGAUUUUCUGGAGGUUCUCAUGGAUACGUUGUGGGGCAUAUAUGUCCUGAAGCACAGGAAGGAGGUCCAAUUGGUCUUGUUCAAAAUGGAGACAUAAUAACAAUAGACAUUCAGAAAAAGAAAAUGGAUGUUCAGUUAUCAGACGAGGUGUUGGAACAGCGUAGAAAGAAUUGGACACCCCCUGCAUAUAAGGCUGACCGAGGGGUUCUCUACAAGUAUAUAAAAAAUGUGCAAUCCGCUUCCAAGGGAUGUGUUACCGAUGAAUAGAGAAGAAGCAUAUUUACCAAAACCAAAGAGUGAACCUGGGAAAGCCUGAUGUUGCUUGCAACUGCAAUUGGGGCAUCUGCACGGCUCGUAGCCCUUUUAUUAUAGAGGUAUCACAUUUAUGUUUUCAGGUGUAACUUUAUAUAUUUUGUUUCUUUGAAAGUUGAGAGCUAUGUUUUUCUUUUCCCAUUUCCCCAUUUUUCCUGCUCUGUAUUUCUGGCACUCCCAGCUUGUUGAUCUGUAGUGAUUAAAAUUGUACAAUGCUUGGUGAAAUAAUAUUUGGUAGUAGAGCAAUCACUUCUACUUUGGAAAUUCCCAAAAGUUUGUAAUAAUCUCUGAGAUUGGUCACUGGCUUGGAGGUUUUCCAGACUUGCUCCAAGUUUAUUGAUCAAGUUU